AUGUCCUCCCUCAAAUCCCUCCUCUCACUCGGUCUCCUCUCCCUCCUCCAGUACCAUGCUGCUCUCGCUCUCCCCACCAGCGAGCCCCAGACCUCAAACUCCCUAACCCCUCGAUACGCCACCACCGACUGGCCCCAUUACGACGUCACGCUCAUCUGCCCUUCUCCGCGCGCGCCGGACUUCGGGUCCACCUCCGGUGCGUGGAAGAUCCUGAACCAUCUGAAGACGUUGGAGAAUGGACCGCCUCUCCCUGGUGUUGAGCACGAGGAUGGGUGUAGCAGAAUGGGAUGUCAGGAGGGACUGGGGGUGUUUUGGUGUGUUAGGAAUGUGGCGUGGACCUACCAUAAUGCGCCGACUUACAAGACGCUUGCCGAGCAGGCGCAGAUGGUGCUUGAUCAGGAGAAGUGUAGGACGACGGAUGCGACGAAUACAAGGCCUUUGGUUGCUGGGGAGGCGCUGUAUGGGGAUGCGUGGAGUGUGAUUUUGAAGGGGCUGGAUUGUAAGGCAGGGCAAGAGUGAGCAGGGUGAGACUUGUCACUUUGGCAGAGUUCCAUGAGGGUCGGAGAGUGUCUUAAAAGCAUGGCGAUGCUCAUGUUGAGAGAUGCUGUUAGCUUGCUUUAGCCCAAUGAUAUCUUGUUUGUUUCUCAGCACCAGAACUGCGGCUUAUUUAAGGUCAGAAAGUGGAAAAUCGCUGGGAUAUGAUAGACAAAUACCAUGCGGUGAUAUUUCAGCUGUCCA